GUUUAUUAGCAAGAGCAUGAGGAUCCUGAUUGAUGUAUUUGAUCAUUACAUGUUGUACAAAUUGUAGCUGAAGUACAAUUAAUGCAUGGCAAUUAACAAGGUUAACAAAUAAUAUUCUCAUAAUAACCAUCAUCACAAAUACAUUAAUUACUAGAUAAAUGUCUAUUUAAUCCUGUUACACAAGAAUUGCAAUUAGUAGCUGAUGUAGAACAAGUUUAGCAUGGGCUUGUACAAUAUUAACAUGUUUUAGGAGUACCACUUAAUUCAAAUUAAUUAUUUUAACAUGAACAUGAAUUAGCAUUUAAAGUGUAAGUAGCUGCACAUGUUUAACAAUAAGUUACAGAUGUUUAACAAGUAGCACAGGGAAAAGUACAUUAAUCACAUAAAUAACUUGAUGUAUUAAUCAAGUAUCCUGAUAUACAAUUACAUAAUGGAGGUGUUUAUUUUGCAGUAUCCAUGCAAGUAUCACAUGUUGUAACACUUGAUGAACAUGUUGCACAUGGUUUUGUACAAGGUAUGCAGACUGUGCUACUCAAUAGAUAUCCAUCAUAACAUUAAGUACAUACAGAUGUUGAACUACACACCUUGCAAUUAUUUGGGCAAUUAUCACAAUAGUAUGUAGAAGUAUUUAGAAUUUAGGCUUCUUAACAUGCACAAGUUGGAGGAACUUAAUUAGUAGUAUCAACACAAGAAGAGCAAUUAGUAUUACUUGAUGAACAAUUUUAACAAGGCUUUGAACAAGCUGAACAAGCAUUAGCAUUCAAAUAGUAACCAUCAUAACAUUAUGUACAAACAGUUCCUGAUGUACAUGUAUCACAGUUGCUGGAACAAUUAAAGCACAUAUAUGUGGUCGUAUCCAUACCCAUACCAGAUCGACAACUACAAGAUGGAGUAGAUUAAUUUGUUGGGUCUGUGCAACUUGUACAGUUAGUUGCUGAGCUUGAACAAUUCUGACAAGGCUUUGAACAAGCUAAACAAGCACCUAAUUUUGGAUAAUAACCACCAAUGCACGAAAAACAAACUACAGAGACGCAAGUCACACAUGGACUGGUACAACAUUUGA